AUGAGUUUUCUAACGAAUUUCAUUCGGACACUGGUAUCGGGUGAUAAAAUCCGAUGUCAGGAACAAGUAGGCUCUACUUAUUUUGAUUUAGAUUUAACCUACAUUACGAAUAGAAUUAUUGCAAUGGCCAUUCCUGGAGAAGGCUUUAGCUCGGUCUAUAGAAAUCAUAUUGAGAGUGUUGCUGAAUUUUUCAAACAGAAACAUGCAGGACACUUUAUGAUUGUUAAUUUAUCGGAAAUACCCUAUGAUUAUGAAUUGUUUGAAAAGGGAGUUGGAGGUGGUAAAGUCAUUGAGAAGGGUUUUCCGGAUCAUCAUAAUCCGCCUGUGGAAUAUUUAAUUGAAAUUUGUGAGGAGAUGGAUCGAUUUUUGAAGGAUAAUCCAAAUAAUGUGGUCUCCGUGCAUUGUUUAGCAGGAAGAGGAAGAACUGGAACUGUCAUUGCUUGUUACAUGACUUACAGUGGAAUGUUUGAAUCAGGAACAGAAGCUUUAGAUUAUUUUGCAUCGAAACGAUCGACUCGAGAGCGUGGUGUUGCUCAACCCAGUCAACGUCGUUAUGUACAAUACGUGAGCGAAUUGGUCUCCAUGUUUGGCCAAGACACCCUCAAUCUCAAAUCUCUCAUCAGCAACUACUUUAGAAAACGAGGAAAACAAAUUUUAAAAAGCAUCACCAUGUAUACUGUUCCCAAAUUUUCAAAAGAUGGUUGUUGUCCAGUCAUUGAAAUUUACACAGCACCUACUCAAUUCAAUCCUAAACAAUUACUCUUUUCAAGUACUGAUAGAAACCCAUUACGAUAUUACAGAGAAGAAGAUGGAGUGAUUGAGUUUGAUAUUGACACGAUAUUGAGUGGUGACGUUUACAUUCGAGGUUAUCAUCAUAGAGACAAUAAGAAACCCAAAUACAUGUUUCGUAUUUCAUUCCAUGUAGGCAUGAUGCCUAACAAUGGUAUUUUACGAUUAACCAAGAUGGAAAUUGAUGAUGCUUUAAAAUCAAGUGCUUUUGAUAAUGAUUUCUUUAUGGACUUAACAUGGGAGAAGAUACAAGGAAGUGAAGAAGAUGAGCUCGAUGAGGACAUUGCUCUACAAGAAGAAGUGUUAAAUGAAAACUUUACACUCGACGAUUAA